AUGAAACAAAUAGGCGAACAAAUUAACUGGUCAGACAAGGAAAUUAUAAGAGCUAUGGAAUAUAAAUUAAAAGAUACAGCAAAAUCGUACUAUUUUGCGCUUAGGGACGAUGACAAACCAGCAUUGGUAGAAGGUAUAAGAAAAUGGUUAAAGAGCGUGUUCGGUAAAAGGACUAAUUUUCAAAAAGCCAAGAUGGAGCUUGCAACUUCUAAAAGAAAACCGGACGAAACCCUAGGUGCGUUCGCACAAAGGUUAAAAAUGACAGCCAAUAAUAUCUUUCCUAAGGAAAUCACAAACGAACAGAGAAUUUACAGAGAUGCACUAAUUGCAGAACAAUUUGUAAACGGGUUAGACACACGUUUAACCAACAAGAUUUUAGCGGUGGGUGUUUUUCUUAAGCUAGAAGACGCCCUUGGAGUAGCACAAAGGAAAGAAAACAUUGUAGAUAGGCUAAAACUUAGCCAGCCAGAGGAUCUGGACGAGGUAGGGAAAUUGCAAGGUACAACAAAAAUCGCCGUAACUACAAUAGCGAAGAGGACGAUAAUUAUAAUCACAAUCGUAGGCGUGAUAGUAGAGAGCACGGUUAUGACAGAAAUACCCGCUUUGAUAGAUAUAGCAGUCGUGAUCAAAGUUAUGGGAGCAACGAGCGUAAUAGGAGUCGCGAGAGAAGCGGCCGAGAUCGAAGCCAAGAAAGGUAUGCCCGCGACCGUAGCAACAGCAGGGGCGGCCUUGAUCGUAGUUACGAUAGGAACAAUCGCGGUUAUGAUAGAAAUAAUUUCGAUCGUGGUGUUGCAAGUGGAAUCCGGGAUAUGA